CCUUACGGCAGGAAAGCAGAGGAGAAAUUUAGCAUUCUGGUCCUGGGUCACAGCUUCCUGGACCAGGUGGAGAUGACAUGAAGGAGGCUGGAAGUGGACAUUCCCCCCGCACAUCUGUGCAUCCGGAGUCUGACCGCGGACAGUGGAGUGCCUCAACAAUCUAUACUAGGAGUUGGAAAAUAUUUAAGUCUCAACAAAUGAAUCCCACACUUGAACUCUGCCGCAUUCCUGUGCCACCUCCUCCGUUAGAACACUGAUCUUAGAACAGAGAGAAAAGAGGAAUAGAAGGUAGAAGAAGAUGCUGGGAUCUGAACGUGGUGUUGUGGAAGAAUGGUUAUCAGAAUUCAAGGCAUUACCUGACACUCAAAUCACCAAUUAUGCAGCAACUUUACACCGGAAAAAAACACUGGUACCAGCCCUCUAUAAAGUUAUUCAAGAUUUGAAUAAUGAGCUCCUGGAGCCUGUCUGCCACCAGCUAUUUGAGCUCUAUCGUAGCUCUGAGGUUCGACUUAAGAGGUUCACGUUGCAGUUUUUGCCAGAAUUGAUGUGGGUUUAUUUACGGCUUACAGUUAGCCGAGACAGACAGAGUAAUGGCUGCAUUGAAGCACUUCUGUUAGGAAUUUACAAUUUGGAAAUUGCUGAUAAAGAUGGAAACAAUAAAGUUCUAUCUUUUACUAUACCUUCUUUAUCUAAGCCUUCAAUAUACCAUGAGCCCUCAACAAUUGGAUCCAUGGCUUUGACAGAAGGGGCAUUGUGUCAGCAUGAUCUCAUCAGGGUUGUUUACAGUGAUCUUCAUCCUCAGAGGGAAACAUUCACUGCACAAAACCGGUUUGAAGUCCUGAGUUUUCUCAUGUUAUGUUAUAAUUCUGCUAUUGUGUAUAUGCCUGCUUCAUCUUACCAGUCUCUUUGUCGAAUGGGCUCCAGGGUUUGUGUGAGUGGGUUUCCACGGCAACACGAAAAACAUUGGAAAGAACUCUGUGGUCGAAUAGUAUUGGAUCCCGAAUUUAUGGUGCAACUUCUCACAGGGGUUUAUUAUGCCAUGUAUAAUGGACAGUGGGACCUUGGCCAGGAAGUCCUUGAUGACAUCAUUUAUAGAGCUCAGCUAGAACUCUUUUCUCAACCACUGUUGGUUGCCAAUGCCAUGAAAAACUCACUACCGUUUGAUGCUCCCGAUUCUUCACAAGAAGGCCAGAAAGUACUUAAAGUGGAAGUCACUCCAACAGUGCCAAGGAUUUCUCGGACUGCCAUUACUACAGCUUCAAUCCGUCGCCAUAGAUGGAGGAGAGAAGAUGGCUUUGACUUCUCAAACGAGGCUGACUCGAGUAUUCCUGGCUCCCCGAUCCAACACGGCUCCACUGACCUAGGGAUCAAACGUGUGCAAGAGGGGGAGGUGCUGGUGCGCAGGACCCCUGAGCACGGCUCACCGGAGCCCAACUCAGCAGCAGCCACAACAGAGGGUGCUGAGGGUGUAAAUGGAGGAGAGGAGUCGGUAAACCUGAAUGAUGCAGAUGAAGGAUUUUCAUCAGGGGCUUCCCUCAGCAGCCAGCCAAUUGGGACCAAACCAUCCUCCUCUUCUCAGAGGGGAAGCUUAAGGAAAGUAGCAACUGGGCGUUCAGCCAAGGAUAAAGAAACAACUGCUGCCAUCAAAUCCAGUGAGAGCCCUCGAGAUUCUGUAGUUCGCAGGCAGUAUGUGCAGCAACCAGUGGAUCUUAGUGUAGAUUCAAUUGAGCUGACACCGAUGAAGAAACACCUGAGCCUGCCUGCUGGCCAGGUGGUGCCAAAAACUAAUAGUUUAAGUCUAAUCCGGACAGCCAGUGCUUCCUCAAGUAAAUCAUUUGACUAUGUAAAUGGCAGUCAAGCAAGUACCAGCAUUGGGGUUGGCACUGAGGGAGUUAAUAAUUUAGCAGCUAACAAUUCUAAUCGAUAUUCAACUAUCAGUCUACAGGAAGACCGGCUAGGUCAAGCUGGAGAAGGUAAAGAGCUCCUCAGCCCAGGAGCUCCCUUAACCAAGCAGUCUCGAUCCCCAAGUUUCAAUAUGCAGCUAAUAUCCCAGGUGUAGUCUUGACAUCCUCUCUCCUCUUUCUGCUUACCUUUUAAACUGAACAUUUCCUUGUGCAAAAAGACACUUCAUCCCACAUUGUGAAAAUAUUGGUCAUCGUAAACAGAUUUGAUUUAGUUUAGGUAUCUUCAUACUGUAUUUUGUAUGAAAACAGCAAUAAGGUUUUCUUUUCCCUCCUUCCUAUAUCUUCUCUUCCUCUAUUCCUUGUAAACGUGUUUGUGAAGCAGUAUAAAAUGUUUGCAUUUUCCACGCCUUCCUUUCUCCUUGGGUGAAGUGCAAUCCAUCGUAGGCUGAUCGGUCCCAUUUCAUCACUGUGAGACUGAGGAUACGUUAGAGGAAAUGGUGUAUAUGAUCCCUAUGAAUGAUUCUUUGGCUUUUGUUUAAAAAACAAAACAAAACGGGUUUGUUCUCAUAAUCUAUAGAACUAUGAAGAUUACUGGAUCAUAUUUUUUCUCAACCAGGAGUGCCUCAGAGAUUCUGCUACGACUUUGGACUUCUCUGAGUCUGUGCAAUCAUUCUCUUGAGAAGCAUGGGGAAAGGUGGUAGACUGCUGCACUUUUUCAUUAAAACAAGGGUGGCUCUUUUUCUCCCAUCUUCUUUAUCUCGAGGACACAAGUGUUCAAUUACCAAGGCAUUUAAAUCAAGUCGAAGCCACCUCUGAUUGUGUAAUUGAUAAUGCACUUUCUCAAUGGCUCUGCAGUCAUUAUUACCAUGUCUUCUCUCCUCCCCAGAAAUAUAAGGUCAUUUCUGUCCUUCAAGUUUGAACAGCUAAUAAAUCAGAGAAUCCAAGGGGCAUGUUCUAUUUCCCAGGAAUGAUUGACACUUUGGUGCUGGGGUUUUAUGGGGGGAGGGGGCAGUUUUUGUUUAGCUUGUAUGGGAUUGUGUGUGUGAGGGGAAGUUUUGAUUGUUUUUUUUUUUUUCUUUUCCUCUGUGAGCUGAUGAUGACUGAAGUAGAACAAGUACGUCUUCAGGUAAAGAGAGGGAUUUCUCAACCCACUUUCUAUGAUGUCAGACUAUUGGAGAAACCCUUUCAGCUGCUUUCUAGAUGUACCUAAAUUCAGUCAGUUUUUUUGGAUUAAGAAACCUGAAGUCCUGAUAGAUCAUAUACUCCAAGGAAAUACAUCAGGGACAGAUAAUUGGCUGAAAACACUGACGCUUCAAUGUGACACAUUUUUAUAGAACAUUUCUACCAGGGGGUACUGACUUGAUUUCUCCUACAAGGACCACACUGCCUUUGUGUUUAAUGUAAUGCAAUUCGUGUACCUUCUAAUCAUAUAUCUGCAAAAGUUUCUCAUUUUUAUAAAACUUUGAAAUCAUGCCAGUAAGCUAGAUGUUGAAUGUAUGUAAGUAGCAUUUUGGUAACUGUGCUAAGAGGCUACAAAAAUGCAUUAUUGAUUAAAAAAAAGUUAUUAUUUUUCAGUUCUGAUUUGGUUGGUAAGAUUUCAUUAUGACCUCUUCAGGGUCUCAGGCUCUAAUGCUUGACUGAAAUAUAAGAGAAUAUAUUGGUUUUUGAAAAUCUGUGUAUUGUGACUUGAACUGCUAUACAUUCUUCCACACAGUACAUCAGAGCUAUUAGUGCUUUGUGCAUUUAGACAUUUUAAUUUUAUUGUGAAAGAAAAAUAUACUGAAUUUAUAGAAAGCAGGUAUUCUCCUAAUUAACAAAGUUGAAAAUUUUAUCUCUACUAGUUAAAAUUACAAUAGAUUUUGAUAAAUAAAAUAACCAGAAAUAUGCCUCUUGUUUUUUUCAUACCUAAAAAUCUCCUCCCUCCUUUUUAUUGUAAGAGGUUUUUUGGUUUGGGUUUUUUUUUUUUUUUAAGGGAUUUUCUGUUAGGAUCUUUAUAAGAAUACUGAAAUGCUUGUUUGAAUUUGGUAGUAUGUAACAUUUUUCAGCUCAUAUAAAAAUGGAACUAGAACCUGAACUGUUAUCUGCAACAUUGCCAAAGUCUGGGGUAAAGCUAAAAGUUGAUAGAGAUUUAUUGAUCUGUGUGUAUAUUUGUGUGUGUGUGUGUAUGGUGUGUAUAUGUAUAGAUCACAAAGACGUAUUGUAGAUAUCCCUCCUGUUAGUUUAACUAAGGGAUGUCAGAAAAAUGAAAGCAGCCAAAUAAAUGAAGUGUAAAAUACUAAGGAAAGCAAGGGUUCAGGAAUGAAAAGAAAAGAGCAUUGUACUUACCAGGGGAUGAGAUCUUGGCUAUAGCUGGAGGGCAGUCACUUUAUGGCAGAAAUGCCUGGUUGAUUUAGGAGGCUGAAGGAUUGUUUUUAAUUCAACAAGUUGUACAUUUAUUGGCAUCUAAAUCUGGCAUGAUUUUAGUUAAAGCACAAAAAAAUACCAAAUAAUACCAAAUUAUAGCAAAAGCUGUAAUAAAUAUAAGAUCUCCCUCUGGUUUGUUAGAAAUCUUACGUUAUACCUGAAAAGUUGAUUUUGAAAAACUUUCAGCUUAGAGAAUUUGAUUUCUCUCUAUGUGUGUUCACAUAGAUUUUGUAUCUGUACAUACCCAUUAAUGUUUUAUGACCUUAAAAUAUUUUUGAUCCAAUGAAGAAAUAUUUCGUUUAGUUCAAACUUUGCAUUUGGGGUCUUAGAACAUAUUUCCUGUGCGAGACAUAGUUAAAAUGGAAUGAGUUAGUCAUAAACGAUGGUCAUAUUUUCUAAGAGAGUUUUGAUACUCAUUUCCAUUAUUUAUUUAAUAUAGAAUAGUUUUCAGAUAUACAACAACUGUUACAGAUAUAUGCCAGCAAUAUUCAUGCUUUAUUUAACCUUUAACAACCUUUUAUUUUUACACUUCCUAACUUCCGUUUUAAGAAGUUCUUCCAUCUAUGAACAAGCUAGUUAGGGAGAAAAUCCUUGUUUUCUGUAAUGAAACAAUUUGAUUGAUGCCAUCUAUGCCAGGUUGGAUUAUAUAAAGAAAUAUCUGAAGGUUUGGGAACUAUUCUCUAUGACAUUACAUUGAAAUAAUGUUACUAGAACAUGUUCUAGUACAAACGUAGAGUGAAAGAUAACUUAGAAUUAAGAUUUUUAAAUAUAAAAAUAUUUUGAGAAGCUGAGUCGGGGGUGUUGGUUGUAAUUUAAAAUCCUGACCCCUACCACUACUGUAACCCUCCCAAUUACUCUCCUGUGCCUAUUUAUUAUAGAGUCGGAAUUUUUGUACUAAAGAGACGGUAGAGAUAAUCUAGCCAGUAUCUUAACAGCCAUCCUUCCAUAUCCAUCCUCAGGAAACUGAGGCUCAAAAAAGUUGUGAUGUGAUCAAAGUCACAUAUCCUAGAAGCCGAGCCAGAAUCAAACUCGUGUUCCCCAUCAAAUGCAUAUUAACAUCCCACUGCCUCCCUUUACUCAUCCUGUGGUAAAUGUGGUAUGUAACACUCUUCCCUUCUGCAGUUUCUUUAUAGUUCUGGUCUAGUAGUUGGUGAACACAGCACAUUAAGAAAAGUAUUAAAUCCAGAAAAAUUGUAGAAUAAUAGACACAGAUGGGGAAGUGUUGGAAAUGUAGGUAUCUAUACCACAGAUGUAAGGAUAGAUACAUUUUUCUUACUCUAAUUUAUGCCUUACUAUUUUCUGCCACAUAACAGUUGUAUGCUGCCAUUUUAUAGUUGAUUAUAUUUCUGGGGAAUUAUUUAAGUGCAAAAAUAAAACCCAGUGAAAUGGCUUUGAUCAGUGUUCCUAGCUAUCUUAAAGUAAUUUUUGAAUUGGCCAGCUUUCACAGUCACCUAGGUGGCAAGCUAAGUGUAUUGUACAAUGGAGUAUUGCAAAGUAAAGAUUAAAUAAAUUUGAUUUCCUAGUUUCUAAUGUAAAGAGAUUGAACCUUACUUAAAGCAGAUAGAUAAAAGCAAUAUUUCCUUAUGUGACUGAAAAAGAUGUAUAGUGUGAAGCUUAUGAUUUCUUAAUGGAAUGGUGACCAUGUCAUUUAAAGUGUAUAUACAGUAAAAAAUGUCUUAAAUGCAGUAGUCUCAGCUAUAUAAGCUCAAUAUUUCCAACCUGUAUUCUCAAAUUCCACUUAGUGGCUUUAAAUUAAUUAUAAUUAUUUAUUAGACAUUGGAAUACUGAGAAUAACUUCUUUCAGAUUGUUUUGUUUGCACUAUUUUGUGAAUAUUUUAAUGAAAUGGGGUGUUUUUUCUGCCUCACUUUGUGAGGUUAGUAUGGGUCCAUUUUUGAGUACUUUGGAUGUUGACAAUCAGUUGUCUCAUUUAAUCCUCUGCAUGUUCAUUUGUAAAUAAAAAUAUUAGUAUCUUUAGUGGGUAAUACACUAUUUAUAUAAACACUGGCAAGGAGGAUCACUCCAUUUCUGAUGUUGGAUUACAAAGUAAAUUUUGUUCUGUGUGUGUUUUUUUUUUUUUUUUUGAAUCAGCAUUUCAGUUACGUAAUUGCUUUUCAGUUUAAAAAUGUUUAAUAGGUCAUGCCAGUGGUCAGAAAAUCUAUAAGAAUUUUAGAACAACUUUUCUAUACUAUGGAUAUGUUAAAUAGUCUGAACAUGAGACUUUUUAUCUUUCAAGUUGAAUGAUUAUUGUCAUGUUUCAAACCACUAAGUCGGUUGAGACACUUAUUUGUAAUACUUUAAUUUUUUUAAAAGUGCUUUUUAGAAACACGUUGUUUGAAAACCAUCUAGAAAUUAGUGAUAGCUUAAACUCUAAAUAUUAGAAUAUUUGCCAGAUUAAAAGAAGAUGGAAUGCAGUGUAAAGUUGUUAACAGUGCUAAUAAAAUCAUAACAAGUCACCAGAUUGGUACAAUUUUCCAUUGCCAAGGUGGUCAUGUUGAUAAUGUAAGACAUAAAUUUUAGUAUUACUUGUGUUUUGUACCUAAUGGGUAUAUCAUAUUGGCACUGAACAUACCUAGGAAAUACUAUUCAUAGAGUCAACCAAUGUGCACUUAAACUAUACUAGAUUAUUGGCAGUGCCAGAAAUUUGUGUGAUGAUUCCAACCUGUUAGAAUUAAAGGAGUCAUCAUCACCCAGCCUUCCCCUGCCUAUGUAGGCACAUUCCUUCUGAACCUGACCACACAACCACAAAAUUUUGAUUAAUUUCAAUCUCUUCAGUGUUUUUGUAGUCUUAUCCCUUAGUCACAUGAGAAAAAUACAAGAGCAAACAGUUCAGGAAAGAAGUUAGCAGAACGCUCAGAAUGAUGUUAAAUAACUAGCAGCAUGGUAGAGACAUGUAAGUUCUGUGUUUUGUUUCUGGAUUUUAAGAGAACGUUUACAAAUCAAGGCACAUUCAGAUGUCUGCCAUGAUGCUAUGUUUAAUAUAGAUUUUAUCCCCAAAAUUAGAAUUAGAUGUAGCUUAAAGGAUGAGUCUUUUUUGCAUAAUUGUAUAUCCAGAGGUAGGUUUAGUGAUGAAAGUUUUUUAUUUUCAAAGAAAAUGAACAUAAUUGGACAGUCCAUCCCCAGCUGCAAAAUUGGUAUCAAUCUGGUUUGCUGUAUUUGAGUGUCAACAGCAUAGUGUUAAUUAUAUCAGAGGAAGGUAGUUCUUGAACAUCUUCAUCGAUUACGAAGUUUACCAAAGAAAAUAUAUCAACCAAAUAUGAAUUUUGAAGUACCUAUCUGUCAAGGGAUGAGACCCCUUUAACAUAAAGAAUUGCUUUCUAGCCCUGGGGGAAAUAAAUAUUAAAAGAUUCUUUCGUCUGAAGCAGAUACAUAGUACCUACAAGAUUCCAUUAAAGAUUUUCUUCUGUCAGUAAAAUGUCAACAUUUAUACUUCCAGCAAAAGUACCAAUUAAAGGUCAAGUCCAAAUAUUAUUUCUAUAGUGCAUUUUCAUGUCUCCUUAAUUCAAAUUAAGGAUUCUACUUAUCAGUAUUGCAUAAAAGAGUGGGGGAAUCUCUAAAAUUGGUAUACUGUAUGGUAUUGUAACUUUUUAAAAAUAAAAUUGAGGGAUAAAUUAUGGAAAUGUAUCUUUUAAAAUAGGCAAUGUCAGUUAUUUCCAGUAAGUACAUAUUGGCUAAAACUAUGUUUACAUAAUUUUAUGUACGUGGUCACUGGGUGUUUUUUUUCUUUGCAGAAAAACAUGAUUGGGUUAAGAAAAGUUAAAAUUCUUAUUUUUUAAAGGUACAGACCAAUAAGAACUAAAGGGUUUAUUUAACCUAUUAAAUAAUGGUUUUGGCAGGGGAAAUGUGAAAUAUAAUUGUAUACUAACUGAUGCUCCAAACAGGUUUUGUGUAUUAUUUUUUUCAUAUCAGGUGGCAGUUAAAAACUAAUGAGUGUAUUGAUCAGCUGUCUUAGAAAGAGAAGAUUGGCUUUCUAACAAUUAUUAAUGUAGGUUUUUUUUUUAAGUUUUACCAUCCGAACUCAGUUGAGAGAUAUACUCAAUAUUCCAGGUGUUGUUUUAAAAUAUUUGUAAUAAGUUCAUGAACCACAGUGAAUUGUUUUGAUUUUUAUUUUUAAAAUUGUGCUGUCUUUACAUUCAGUUUAACUGGUUAAGUGAAACAGUUUUUUUGGUGCAGAGAUUAUUUUCCCACUUUGUCAUAAUAAUUUGGCUCUCCUAAGUUACAAUUUCUGAAGAGCUUUUACUACUGUAACAUUGUAUAGUCUGAUCUCUUUCACAAUGGACAAACAAGAAAUAUCCCACUUCCACAUGUGUGCUUCAUAAAAGGAUAUGGAAUGUAUAGGUGAGAUCUUCCUUUUUUUUUUUUUUUUCUUAAA